AUGGGUGAUUACCACAGAGAACAGGACCAACUGUAUUCAAAGCAGUCGUAUGACAGGCCCGAACUGCUAGAACCACGCUAUGAGCGUUGCGAGGGUGUCAAACGUCCCUUGUAUCACGAAAAGGUCGCAACAGCAGAACCCCACAGUUUUUUUGAUCGAGUAAAAUCGAAACUUAACCUUUUUCGUGGCUACGACAAUACUGAUGACAGUUCGAUGGACCAGGGUUCAACGAUGACACGCCAAAGUCAAUUGUGGAAUGCAAUCAAGCGGAAACCGAUUCAAUUGAUAGUGGAAGACAAUGACGACAGGGUGCACUUCGACGACAGAAAUCAGCGCGCUCCGAUUUUGGAAAGUGCUAAUACGUUCCUCACAGACAACAACCAGAUUUAUGGGCGUAACGGCAACUCGCCAAAGCGCAAAGAAGCCAACUCAAGUGUACCAUUGAGCGGAUCUCCUUUUGCAGGUACUGGUAUAAGCGAUUUCAUAGGUUUUGAAAGUGACAUUGUCGUCACGAAACCUGUGUCGCCGUGGGACAAAAUUGCCUCUAAAUCGUCACUGAAAGGUUCAACCACGCUUCAUUCUAUUCAAAAGCGGCUCUUACAAGUCUCAGUAAAGAAGUCGGAAGUUUCGAAAUGCUACCAGAAACUUUUGAAAGAAUUGAACGAAUGGUGGGAAGACACCAUUGAAGCAGAAGAAAACAUGGAUCUGGUAGCAGAUUUGCAGAAAUUGUUCCAUGAAGACCUAAUGUUCGAACAGAGACUGUCCAACAAGCUCAGAGAAAUCUCGAAAGCCCUCGAAUUUACUAAAAUGCGAGAAGAAGAAAUGUUACACGAGCGCAAAGAACUGCAGCAUACCAUCAGAAAGUAUGGUCAGACACGAGCAAAAAAGGGCAACAACAGUGAAGAAGCCCAUUUCUUGAAGGAAAAGGUCAUCACAAGACAAAAUUCGCUGUCGACCAUAACUUCUCACUAUCAGCAGUCUUUGUGUACCACAGCUCGAGAACUUUUUGUUAAUGCGAGCGUGGAGUAUUUCGAGACUGCUUCAGAUGUGAAGGAUGCCAGUAAAAGCUUCUUUCAAAACUCUGUUGAAUAUUUGCGAACAAUUCAAGCAGGAAAUAUAGAACAGCAUAUCGACGACUUGAGAAGAAAGCGUGCUGAUAAGCAUUGGUCGAAGCUUUCGCCACAGGAGCGCGAUGAUCCUAAUAGGCUUGUAGAAAUUAUGAGCGGCAUGUACAACGGUCAGGAUUCGUUGAUGAGAUGUGUCAACAAAAAAGUGCCGCUAAGGACUACAACUAAAUUGUCUAAUAUCUCAGGGAAAGAGAAUAUGACACAUAAAGAAGAUCAAGAGGAGUUGAAGCUAGAGUUUAAAACUGGACUUGAAGAAUCUUUAUCACAGUUUCCCAGCGAAAGUAAUAAUAAGUCUGUUGCCGCGGAUGAAAGCUUCGCCAAGAUGUCGGAUUAUGCCAAGAUUAGAGAGAAACGAAGUAUUCAAGGCACGUCACUUAAUUCCAAUCGGACGUUGAGGUGUGAGGGAUUAACUCAAAACAACCCUGACAAGAAUUAUUCACGCCUUCCUUACCCCGAUACACCAGAUACUCUUAGAGCACAUAUCGAAAAUUUAAAAACUGGGCUCAAAGAUGGGAAGGGAACGGUGGGCAUGGGUUUUCCAAAUAUCGACGAUGAAGAUAUGAUCAUAGAACUAGCUCAAGGUAGAAGCGGUCCCCACAAAGAUAUCUACGAACCCGAACAAGAAUUGAACCGCAACAGAUGGAUAGAAUCUCCUAGGGUAUAG